AUAAAUAAAAUAAAAAUUAAAACAGGUCGAAGUAUUAAAGCCCAAGACAGCCAAAGCAGGUCAGCAAUGACAGCCCCCAGAGUUAUCUCACUUCAGGUUUCUGGAUUUCGAUGUUUUUACCAGUACCAGGGGCGGACUGACCAUUUAGCCACUCUGGCACUGCCUGAGGGCCCAGGGUCAGUAGGGGGCCCCAUGAGAUGCCCCUGGUACCUUUCAUUGGCUUUUUCAUAGGCUUUUUUGGGUGUGGGCGAGGACACGGGGGCCCCAUAAUCCCCGGGGGCCCCAUGAGUUGUCAGUCUGCCCCUGACCAGUACUG